AUGAUUUUCGGUCGCCGUUUAUUAUAUACUCUUCUACUUUUAGGAUCUGGAGCCAUUGGGUCUCUUGCUAAGACCAAUCCUAUUAUUAUUAAGGGAAAUGCAUUCUUUGACUCGGAGACCGGUGAGAGAUUCUAUCUUCGUGGUGUAGACUAUCAACCUGGUGGUUCUUCUUCAUUAGUUGACCCGUUGGCUACUGAUUCUUGCUAUAAGGAUGUCGAGAUCUUUAAGAAAAUGGGGGUGAACACCAUCAGAGUUUAUCAAGUGGACAAUGCCGCUGAUCAUGAUAAUUGUAUGAAGGCUUUCGAAGAAGCUGGGAUUUAUGUCAUUCUUGAUCUUAACACUUUUCGCCAUUCGAUUUCAAGAGCCGAUCCAGCAUUAUCGUAUAACAAAGUUUAUUUGCAACAUAUCUUUUCUACUGUGGAUGCUUUCAAAGACUAUGAUAAUGUGCUUGGCUUUUUCUCUGGUAACGAAGUCGUAAACGACCAUGAAACGACGGCCAUUACUUGGGUCAAAGCUACGACAAGAGAUGUUAAGGCUUACAUUAAAAAACAUGCUAGUAGACAAAUUCCAGUCGGUUACUCUGCAGCAGACAUAGCCGAAAAUAGACUCGAGUUGGCUCAUUACUUCAACUGUGGAGAUGAAAGUGAACGUGCAGAUUUUUAUGCAUUUAACAUGUAUGAAUGGUGUGGUCACUCUAGUAUGAGCGUUUCUGGGUAUUUCGAUCGGAUUAGAGAGUUUAGCAGUUAUUCCAUUCCUCUGUUUUUAUCCGAAUUUGGUUGCAACACUGUCGAGAUUUUCGAAGAUCAAACCCCAGACCGUCCAUUUACGGAAAUUGAAGCCAUCUAUUCCCCUCUAAUGACUGAAUCAUUUUCUGGAGGAUUGGUGUAUGAGUAUUCAGCUGAGCCAAACAACUAUGGUCUUGUUAUUGUUGAUGAUAAUGAAAAUCGUAAGAUAUCUAAGAACUGUGUAACAUUGAUGAAGCAGUUCCAAAAGGUACCAAAUCCAAAGGGAGAUGGAGGUUUCCGAGAGAAUGCCAGUCCUAGCGAGUGCCCUAGAAACUCGACCUAUUUCCAAGCAUGGGAUGUUCUGCCUACCAUGCCCAAAGAAGCAAAAGUUUACUUGGAAGAGGGCGCUGGAGAACCGUUGGGUAUUGACGGACCUACAAAUAUGUGGUCUCCUUAUCAUCACCAGGAUGGAAAUGGAUUCACUACCCCUAAGCAUCCUAAGGUCAAACCAGGUCUAUCAAAUGCUACAAACAGUUCAAAGGCGAACCUUGGCGAGGAGAAAGAAGAGGAAAGUGCAUCCUCAAAAGUUACCUUUACACUUGUUCAGCUUGGUUUGGUGUUACUGGUUUCAAUGUUUAUUAAAUUCUAA